AUGCGCGAAAAGGCGGUGUUGGCCAUCGGAGAUGCGUAUGAGGUGCCAUGGGAUACGGUUCCCCUGGCAGCGCUGGAGGCGCGGAAGCGGGCGUCGAGCUCACAGUCGCGGAAGGGCGCCGGGUCGGCGCUGAAGCGGCAGUAUGGGUCGCAGUCGAGCUCGGCGUCGCUGACGUCGCCGCAACGGACGAAGUACACGCGGCGACACUCUGCGUCGGGGUCGUCGACCGAGCCGGGCGUCCGUUCCCCGCUGGCGCCGGUGCCGCCUGCGCCCCAGGAGUACACCGGGCCGACGCGGGACUGGAACGUGCUGCCGCAGUGCUGCGGGGGGGAGCACGCGCGGGGGCCGGGGUCGACGGGCCAGGACGUGUACAGCGAGCUGGAUAACUUCCUGCUGUUCAACCUGGAGACGUCGACGAAGGAUGCGCUGCUGCGGGCGCGCGAGCGGCUGUCGGCUUACAUCCGUUUUCUGGAGCUGGACUACGGGACGGCGGGGACGGAGCGGCUGUGCGCGGCCUGUUUGGAGGCGACGCGCGAGCUGGUGCAGCUGUGGUUCCAUCAGGCGAACCGGCUGACGGUGCGCACUGGAACUUACUUCAUUAUGUCGGAGAAGAACAUGUACUCGUUCAACCAGAAUUCGAGCCGCAAGCACGAUCUGCUUGUGCUGCACUUCCGCGGGCUGUGUAGUCUGGGGUGGCAGGUGGCAUUUGACGAGCCGAACCUGCGCGUACUGGAAUGCAAUUUGAAGCCGCCCAAGGAGGUGCUGGAGGUAUCCGACAUAAAGACGCCGAAGAGCACCGUGACCGAGGGAGUAGACGAGCCGCCAGCACGUGAGCUCUCCCCCGCCCCCAUACAGCCCGUGAGGACCCGUGGACAGGAGGAUGUGGAGAGUACGGGGCACAGGCCCUCCCUGCGGGACUACAUUGAGCGGGAUUUGGAGAAGCGAGGGCAUAAGAGCGCAACUGCGCUACUGGGAGAGCAAGGCGCUUCUCCACAAUAUGAGGCCGGUAAUUUUAGCAGCAACGACGAGUACCCGGAUAGUGACGACUAUAGCAUGAUGUCUUUUGAAAGCGCCGAUGGGAAUAAGGAUAUCCAGCAAAAAUACAAGCUUACUUCGGCAGUCCAUGCUAUGACAACCGGCAUUGCAGGUCUGUUCAAGAAGCGCGGGCCGCACGGUGAGGUGUAUUCUCGAUCAGGUUCCUCCAGCAGGGAACAGCGUAACUCUGUAGAUCGAGACAACACCCCUGCUUCGGUAAGACCGUCGUCCCUACCCCAGACCUGGGAUAUGAUCCCUCUUGGUGGUGGGCCGCGGCCAGCCGCACAGGCGUACAGUGCAGACCUUGCUUCCCACAGUGAUCCGCAGGAGAGGAAAAAUCUCUACAUCAUUAACCAAUGGCUCGAGGAGUGCUAUUCCAAAACCCUGUACAACUAUGACCGGUUGGAGGUCGAUCUCAGUGAGUCUCGUCUACCGUACCCGGAAGCUAGUAGCACAGAAGACGGCAAAGGAAGUGCAGCUGGCAGCCGACGGCAGUCCUUAGCAGAGAGCAGCACAACUACUAUCCGUUUACCUUUUGAAUCCAAUACGUUCCCUGCGAUCUUUUGCCCCGGAAUCUUGUACAUGCUGACGUUUCCUCAAUGGCUACCAUUCCUGAAUGAGAUCAAGCGCUGUAUGGUUCCCGGAGCGCCAGUAACAGCGGUCCUGUACGAUUUCAACGAUUCCAACAUGGACGAUGAUGGCUCCAAAGUUAUGUUCCCGACCACGCUUGAACUCAAAAAGGUUUUUCAGGCUAUUCGUUUUGAGGCCAUCAAACGGGGGCUGCAAGUGUUUCCCAUUAGGAAUAUUGCUCCUAUCUUCCGACAGGUCGGAUUCAAGAACGUAAAAUAUACCGUUCUGACAUUCAAGCGCGGCGAUUUCGUGAAUGAAAUGGGGUUCGUGAACGAGCUACUUGCAACGUUUCACUACGAUUUUCUAGUGCGAACCUUUUUAACUGAUCGUAGUAAGUAUCCAGUUGGAACUGACCCACAGACACUGCCGAGGAGGUACAUUGAUGAGCACAUGGGCCAAAUAGAUGACAAUGCAGGAUGCUUGCGUCUUAUUGCAAUCACGGCGGAAAAACCAGAGUAG